CCCAUCUCGUCUGCUUCUUGUCCCGGCCUUGCAGUGAUUGUGCGUGUACUCACCGUUGCAAUUUUUGGCGCAAGUGUAUAUCCAGUUUCCAGGAACUGUUUUGUCAUCGCUUGUCGCAUCCAUCGCCAUGGGUUCUGCGAUCGGUCUCGGUGCUGACGUCCACAUGCAGAUCCUCGACUGGAUGGUGGUGCGCCCCGACGGCGCCGCGGCCGAGCCGUCGUCGGCAGCCUCCAGACAGGCCUUCGGCUGGCUGCCUGCGCUGGUGGCCGCCUCCCGCAAGUCGCGCCCCACCGUCAUCUCGGCGCUCUGCGGCGGGGUCAGCGCGAGCUCUGAGCCGCAGACGCGCGCCAUCCUGGUGGAGGCCCUGGGCUGGACAGCCCCGGAGGGAGACGCCAGCGUCGUGGCGCUCCUGAACGCCUGCGCGGGCGACCCGGACGCGCUCGUGCGCGCGGCGGCGGCGGAGGCCCUCGGCCACGCGGCGACGUGCGACGACUGCACGGCGCAGGGGUCCAUCUCAAGGUGCCUGGAGGACCGCGCGGAGGAGGUGGUCAUGGCCGCGCUGCGGGCCCUCGGCCGGCUGGCCGCCCCCGGCGACCGCGCCGCCGUCCGCCUCAUCGCGAGGUGCCUGCGCGCGGAGGCCUGGGACGUCCGCCGCGCGGCCGUCGGCGCCGUCGUCGCCGCGGCGGAGCAGGGGGACCGGGAGGCCCUGGGCGCCCUGGCCGGCGUGCUGGACGACGCCAACCGGCGGGUGCGCGAGGCGGCCAUCGAGGGCAUCGCGGAGCUGGCCUGGCGGGGAGACCGGGAGGCCCUCGCGGGGGUCUCGGCGAAGCUCUCGGACGACGUCUGGUGCGUUCGGUGCGCGGCGUUGGGCGCAGUGGCACGCCUGGCCGAGAGGGGGGACGACGCCGCGCUUCUAGCAGCGGUGGCGCAGCUGGAGGACGACUAUCCGAGCGUCCCUUCUUCUUCCUCCGGCAUCGCCGCCUUGGAGGCGGUCGCGGAGCUGGCCCCGCGCGGGUCGCGGGAGGCCGUCCCGCGUGUGAUGGCCCGGUUGCAGGACCCAGACGAGGACGUCCGGGUGGAGGCCAUCGAGGCGGUGGUCCGCAUGUGGUGGCGGCGACGAGGUGGCCUUCGCGGCGCUGGCGCUCCAGGCGCGGGAGGACGAGAGCGCCAGCGUGCGCGACGCUGCGGGGAGCGCGGCGCAGCGCAUCUGAGCCGGCGACGUGCAGCCGCGCCGUCGGGGAGGUCCUCCGCGCCCGCGCCCUGCGCCGGUUGCGCUCCCUCACCCCCUUCCCUCCAUCCCCUUCCUCGAUGGCGGGGCGCCCGCGCAUGAUGCAGAUGUUGGUGCACAGUGCGCUUCGUAGGUUCGGUUGCAAGGGGAGGGUGGGGCUGGCGGCGUUGCGCACAGCAGGCAACUCGCCGGCCCCCCCCCCCGCCGUCCCCGUCAGGAGCCGGCGUGGAGUGAUCGCGGGGCG